AUGGGUUGGUUCAGUGAGGAUGCGCCUAAGCCUAAGCCUAAGCCCUCCUGGGACUUAGGAUGGACGUCCCUCCCUUGGACAUCCCCUUCCCCCCCAACUCCAACACGAGCACCAUUAUUUAGUCUUGGAUCAUUAAGUAACAAUGGCUGGUGGACAUCUCCAAAAGUUGAGCCCAAGAGCCAGGAAUGGUAUCUGGUCCUUGUUGAGAAAUUCGGUAUCAGUGGAACCAUUGGCCUGGUUCUUGGCUUUGUUCUUUGCUUGAUCAUUCUGAACCUAGGUCAAAAGACCAUUAGUCUCCCUUUCAACAAGAUCCCAUUUCUCGGCAAGCAGCUCUCUGCUAAACCGUCUCAGCGCUUGGUACCCAGGGGCACACAGUCUGCCCUGAAAAGCAUCAAGGGAAUUGCACCAAGUCUACUAACAAGACUGAAUCCAUUCAAUUGGAGAAUCUUCAACCUGCAAAAGAUUGCUGAAGAAGAGGAUGACGAGAAAUACCAAGCAGGGGAGCCAUAUGGCGACCCCAGUGUGAUGGCCACUGGUCUCGUCAAAGACCUCAAGUCUGUUGGAUUGAAGGCAGGCGUGAGAGACCUUCAAACAUUGCUCAAGGUGGUCAAGUCUAAAGGGAAGCCUGUUAAUGAUCGGCAGAUGACGAUGGAAAAGAUGAUUGCGAUCACAUCAGCCCUGCCACGCCAUUCAAAAACGCGAAAGAAGUUGUCGGGUAUCAUCAUCGACAGCCUAUGGCAAAGCCUGCAGCAUCCUCCUCUCAGCUACCUCGGCGACAAGUUCCAGUACCGAACCCCCGACGGAAGCUACAAUAAUCCUCUCCAACCAGAUCUUGGUAAAGCUGGGAGCCCCUAUGCUAGAACGGUUCCGAAGCUGAAGCAUUUGCACGGUGUUCAACCUGAUCCAGGACUUCUCUUUGACUUGCUCAUGGGUCGGACUGAUGACACGUUCAAGGAAAACCCAGCUGGAAUCUCUUCGGUUCUAUUCUAUCAUGCCAGCAUUAUUAUUCAUGAUGUGUUCCGCACAAACCGCUUUGACUCAAAUAUCUCGGACACAUCUUCCUAUCUUGAUCUUGCUCCAUUGUAUGGUUCGAGCCGUGCUGAUCAGGAGAGCAUUCGGACAAUGCAAGGUGGUUUCCUCAAGCCGGAUACGUUUGCUGAGAAGCGACUCCUUGGAUUGCCCCCAGGUAUCAAUGUUAUGCUUGUCAUGUAUAGCCGGUUCCACAACUAUGUCGCCGACGUUCUUCUGAAGAUCAACGAGAACGGUCGUUUUACUUUGCCACCAACCAGAACUGAGGAGGCUAAACAGCGCGCUCUGGUAAAGCAGGAUGAGGAUUUGUUCCAAACAGCGCGACUUAUCACCAACGGUCUCUAUAUUAACAUCUGUUUGCACGAUUAUCUUCGAGGGCUGACAAACACUCACCACUCUGCAAGCGACUGGACCCUCGACCCCCGUAUUGCGGUGGAAAGGCAUUUUGACCCAGAUGGCGUCCCGAGAGGUGUUGGUAACCAAGUAUCUGCAGAAUUCAAUCUUCUGUAUCGGUUCCACUCAACGAUCUCCCAGCGAGACGAGAAAUGGAUGAAUGAAUUCCUCAGAAGCCUGUUCCCAGGCGACAAGCCCCUUGACCAGCUCACACCUCAGGAAUUCAUUCAAGGCCUAUUCCGAUUUGAGCAGACUAUCCCGGAAGAUCCUUCCAAGCGUGAGUUCUCAGGUCUCAAGCGUGACGAGCACGGUCGGUUCAACGACGGGGACCUAGCAAGGAUCAUGAAGGAAAGCAUGGAAGACCCAGCGGGCCUGUUUGGUGCCAGAAUGGUUCCUAAAGCUUUGCGCAUUAUUGAGGUCACUGGUAUACUCACGGCACGAAAAUGGCAGCUCGCAUCUUUGAACGAGAUGCGUGAUUUCUUCAAAUUGAAGCGCCAUGAUACCUUCGAGGAUAUUAACCCUGACCCUGAGAUUGCUGAUCUCCUUCGAAAGCUGUAUGAUCAUCCUGAUAUGGUUGAAAUGUAUCCCGGAAUGUUCCUCGAGGAUGCUAAGCCUCGUAUGGAUCCAGGUUGCGGUGGAUGUCCACCAUACACUGUUGGAAGGGCUGUCUUCAGUGACGCGAUUACCUUGGUACGAUCCGAUCGUUUCUGUACAGUGGACUACACCGCGUCGAACCUGACAAGCUGGGGCUUCCAAGAGGUGCAACAAAACCUUGACAUCAUGGGAGGAUCAAUGUUCCAUAAAUUGUUCCAACGCGCUCUACCAGGAUGGUUCCCCUACAAUUCCCUCCACACCACACAACCAAUGUUCACUCGAAAGAUGAACGAGGAAAUUGCAAGGGAAAUCGGGACCAUUGGUCAAUUCACGCUGGCCGAUCCAGCACCGCCACCUGUUCCUGUCAUCUUGACCAAGCACUCGACUAUAACCAAGGUGCUCAAAGAUCAAGCUAAUUUCCGCGUCCCGUGGAUCAAGUGGUUGAACGACAUUGCCCCGGGUAGGACAUUCAACAGCGCCAUGCUGGCGGGAGAUCUUCCCAUGAACACUGCGCAGAGAAAUCUAGUUACCGAUAUUAUGUUCAGUCCGGCAGAGUUUAUGCAGUUGUUCUCUGCGACGGCAAUGUCUGUUGGAAGGGAACUCAUCGAUAGAGAAACUUUGAAUUUGAAGAGUUUGGACCAGAUCGAUAUUGUUCGCGAUGUCGCGAUUCCUUUGAAUACCCGUCUUUUGGCUGAUUUGUUCGCUUUGGAUCUCAAGACGCGUGAGAACCAGGGUGGAAGCCUGAGCGGCGCAACGCUGUAUAAGUAUCUUCUGGAUGUUCGCACAUUUGUCUUCAACAACAAUGAUCCGGCUCUCGCUUUACAGCGCAGGGAUGCUGCUCGCGAAGGCGUUGAAGCCCUGACGGAGACCGGCUUGAAAGUGAUCUCUGGCGGAGGCUCUCGAUCUCUUUUCUCGAGAAUUCCACUCAUUGGAUGGCUGUUCGGCCCUAAAAAGGCUCAAAGAAGCAAGCCAACUGUUGGAUCUCUGCGCUGGUAUGGUCAGAAUGUCAUGAGAGAGAUCAUUGCUGCUGGAAAGUCUCCCGAGGAGACUGUCGAUAUCAGCUGGUUGACUGCUGUCGGUGGUGUUGGCGCCCCAAUCGGAGUGUUUGUUGAUGUUCUUCAGUUCUUCCUUAAAGAAGACAAUUCCCACCACUGGGAGGCCAUCCAGGGUCUCAUCAGUCAUUCUGACGUGAAUUCAUCAGAUAACACACUGCGACAGUAUGUGCUUGAGGCGCAGCGCUUGACAAGCGGCCAGCGAAACCUCCGCAUCUGCGCUAGCGAAACGACGAUCGAUGGCAGGACUUUUAAACCCGGCGACGCGGUAGUGUCACUACUUGGCCAAGCAUGCAUGGAUCCAGAAGUCGUUCCACACCCCCAUAAAUUCAAACUCGGCCGACCUGCCAGCGCGUACAUCCACUAUGGCUAUGGUGCGCACGAAUGCAUUGGCCGGGAAUUAACCCUGGCCUUUGUGGUAACUCUUGUCAAGCUUUGCGCUGGCCUGAAGAAUCUUCGCCCUGCACCAGGCGACAUGGGGGUCUUGAAGCAAAUCACACUUGGCACAGAACGAUGCUAUCUCAACGACAGCUGGUCCCACCUGACCUUUGAUCCAACGACAUGGAAAGUCCACUUUGAAGGCCGCGGCAAGGGUGUCUACAAGCAUCCCAAAACACCCGUUACUGCUGGUCGGGAUUUAAAUGCCUUGUCCAACUCACUCAUCCAGCAACAGAAAGACUUCUUGCUGGCAGCUACUAAGAUUACAAACGGUCAAGGUACUGUACACUCUCUCAAGGAUGAUGUGCCUCUUGUUGCCGAUGAGACGAACGGUGAACUUGACGGGGCGACUGACCUUGAGGGCGAUUCAGACUCUGUGGUGCACCAGAUCAUCCCUGCUUUUGAGGAUGAACAACAUGAGACAACCAAUACUGUGCAUGAGGUUAGCUUCUCGUCUUUCAGCCACUCUUAUGAGAGGGAUCAUGAUAGAGACGCAGCGAUGCUCUACACCGAACAUAUCUCCCAAUUAUCGAAGGGGGAUGGAUUGGAAGUUGUUCCGGGAUUCGAGAUGGCGUCUGUGAAGAGCUAUAGCGGACUCCAGGUUGUUCCUGAGACGGAAAAAGAAGUCAAGCCAACAAGAGGAGGAUUACACUAUGUUGAGCCUGAUUACGUUCCUCUCGAAAAUAAUGAUAAAGUUGAUCCCCCACAAGGCCGAGACCGCAAAAGGAUAUGUGGAGUGAGGUCUACAAUAUUCUGGCUGUUGUUGGUGGUUGCGAUAUUGGUUGUUGUCAUUGCUGGUGUGGGCGGAGGCGUUGGAGGAUAUUUUUUGAACAAGAAUUCAAGGAACUCUGAUUCAUCGACACCCGCCUCCAAGACCUCUAUAUUAUCCCCAAAGACAACGGCAUCCUCGGCGAGCACAACAUCGUUGCUGAAUCAACAUCGUCAAUUCCUGAUUCAACUACCACAUCCACUGCAUCGGAAACAUCAUCCGGCCCAGUCACAUCGGGAACAUCGGGAAUAG